GGUUUCUUUUUCUUUCCUAUAUGAGUAUAGGGCUCCGCUUGGCGGCCCUUCGGGCCGCCGGAGCUCCGCUAUAACCAAUCACCGUCCAGAGCAGAAUCACCUAGCCAAUCAGAGUUAAGCACUCAAAUGGCUUCCGAGAAGCGCGGUCUUGAAAUUAGACUCGCCACAAGUCGACCUUUUCUUAAUCCUUAACUCACUUACCUCUCUCAAGUGAAGCGAGAGGGUAAUCUUCGGGCGAAGAAGUCAGGAGGGCGAGCGCGAGCGACUUAGGUCGCGAGAGGUCGAGCUUUCCAACGGAGAAACUGACAAUGGAAAUAUUAUUGGAAAGGACUUUAGAAAGUCUAUCUUGAAAUCUGAGUAUGUGUUUCGAAAACACAGUUCGGUUUCCCAUUUAAGUUCACUUUCGGAAAAACAGAAGCGGAAUAUAUCCAAAUAUGUCUUCGGAAGAAGCAGUGAUUCAGUCUACAGGAGGAAACAUAACUGAUGCCGUAAAGAACGUCUUGGUUAUUAACUGUGCAGUUAAUAUUCCUCUCGCCAUAACAUCAAUAAUCGGGAACUCCCUGGUGUUACAUGCAGUUUGGAAGACGUCAACACUUCGCUCGCCAUCUGUGGUCUUACUUUGUGGCUUAGCGCUUUCUGACCUCGCUGUCGGUGCGGUUGUACAGCCCUUUUUUAUCGCAAACGAUUUAAUAGGACUGCUCUCUCAAGACCAAUCGCUGAAAACUUUAUUCGUGAGGAUUUACAAUGUACUGGCUUUCUAUGUGUGCGGAAUUUCUCUUUUUACGAUCACCACAGUUAGCGUGGAUAAACUUGUCGCCAUUCAGAAGCCCUUACGUUAUCCAAGUAUUGUGACAAUUCCUCGAGUAAGGCGAGUUCUUGUGGCUGUCUGGCUAUUUUGUGUAAUUUUAGUGAGCACACAGUUUUUGCACGACAUGAUUCAGCUCGUCGCAGUUGGAGUUGUAGUAUGUGUUUGUCUUUUCAUCUCAGCUUUUUGUCAUGUAAAAAUUUACAAAUUUGUUCGCCAUCAUCAGCAUUGGAUUCAAAUGCAACUGCACGCGGUUGAGGCUAACACUCCAAACACUGGAAAUGUGAACAAUAAUAUGUCAGGGCUAAAAAGAUCUGCUUUGAACGCCUUAAUAGUUUUUCUUGUACUCAUUGUUUGUUACUGCCCUUAUUUUAUUGUUUUCGUCGUAACUUCAGUUUAUCCAAUCAAUGUAAUGCUUGGCAGAUCCCUUACUUCAACUAUAGUGUUCAUUAACUCGGCUCUAAACCCAUUCUUGUAUUGCUGGCGAAUACAUGAAAUACGGGAAGUUGUUAAACAGACUUCGCAUAAACUAGUUUGCUGCAAAUAAUAAUAAAAAAAUCAGUGUAUGUUUGUACAGCGUAAAAAGUAAACUUGAAUCCCAUAGUCCAUUUUUGUCG